AUGUCUUUUGGGCACUUUCAGAAAUCGAGGGAGGCACAUCGGCUCUCGGCCGGCAUAAAUCUGUUCAUCCGAACCAGACCAGACGAGGAAAGUCUGCGUGAACUCCCCAUCUCUGCUCCAGACUCCAACCUGCCAAGCACCUCCAUCCAAGACGCGCGUUGCGCUGGUUUCCCAGAAGACCAUUCACAGACAGAAAAGGGGGUGGGCGAAAUUACCGACAGCGCAGUCGACUCUGUCGAGGAGGCACCUCGAGGGCGCACACCCGAGCCUGCCGGGCAGGACGGAGAAGAAAGAAGAGCUUUCUGGAUGUUCAAGAACGUCAAGCCCAAGAGGCCGUUUACUCUAAAGGCCCAAAUCAAGUACAUUCUCCGGAACAACUGGUGGAUCAACCCUUGCAUAUCCUUGUCCCCUGUGGGAUUCGUUCUUCACUACACACAUGGCAAAUCCAAAUCCAGCUUUGCGGUGAAUUUCGCCGCUACCUUUUACACGAACUACCUCGGGAACCUCGCCAUGACUGAAAUCGGACUGCGGCUCGGGCCACUGCUCGCAGACUGGAUGUCCAUGUCAACCGGGAACCUCAUUCAGUUCAUCUCGUGCGCGCUCCUGCUCCGCAGCCACGAAUACGACGUCCUCCAGACAUCCAUUACCGGGUCGAUACUGGCAAACACUCUGUUCUUCCUGGGCAUCAGCACGUUUUGGGGCUGUUACAACCGACCUUACCAGAAUCUGAACCGGACAGCAGCACACAUGGCCAGCAACCUUCUAUCCCUUUCAUCAACCAGCCUCCUCAUACCCACCGCGUCCCGCCUGCUGAACCAGGUAGAAACAAGAGAUCUUCGCCGUCAAUCGAGAGGCGUCGCCAUCGUCCUGAUCGUAGUCUACCUUUGCUUUGUGCUCUGCGAACACUGGACGCACUGGGACACGUUUUCGCAAGAGGUUGCAGACGUUCCCACCAGGUCGAUACGAUACAACCCGUUCUCCUACCAUGGUCUGUCCCAGGCUCCCGCGCAAGACACGACAAUCUCCAACGACGUGGCAAGAGACGGAGAGGGCGUCGCCGCCGGCCCUGCAGCUGGACAAGUUCGCGCCUCACACACGUCUCAUCCAGACGACAGCGCGCCCUUCUCCAAGGCCGGGGCCGGCGAGAGUGUACGCGAUCAAAACGAGCCCCAUCUCCAUCUCAUCACGGCGGCGCUGCUCCUGGCAGGGAGCACUGCUCUUCUCUACUUCCACAUUGACUUCGCGGUAAAGAGCAUGGAGGCCCUGACCAAGUCCACAAGUCUAUCCAAGACGUUUGUGGGCCUCGUUCUCUUCCCACUGGCCAACGUGGACUACAUCCCGAUACUGCUGGCAGGUCACGGCAAGCUGGGCCAAGCCGUCACUCAGACGGUUGGCAAGAGCAUCCAGACUGCCUUGCUGGUGAUGCCCUGUGUCGUCUUCCUGGCCUGGAUCUGGCACCUGGACGAGGUGACGCUUGUAUUUGACGGCUUUGAGGUCAUCAGCCUCUUCGCAGCCGUGCUGCUUCUCAACGUCCUCAUGGUGGACGCAAAGCUUCACUGGGUUCAAGGCGUUUUGCUCUUGGCCGACUGGACGCUCAUAGCCAUUGCCGCCUAUUUUGCCACGCCAAAGAAGACGUAG